AUGAAUGUAGUUAUCUACGUGGUGGUAUUUCUGGCUGCUGUGUCCAAGGUCUCCCUGAGUCUGCCCUCACAGACCCUUUCUCAAAGAUCUGAUGGCAAGGCCGUGGUGUCGGACAGCCCGUCAUACAACCGCACGCGCCAGGCCCGCUCUGCUGGCUCGCCUCUAUCGGGACAGCAGGCCAGCUACGAGCAACCUCGGGAGGAUGCGGAGGCUUUCAACACCUUAAGCCAGCUACUGGUUAAACUCAUCACCAGGAAAGGCAUGCCUUACCAAAGCAGAAGCUCCAUCGCGAGCAGAGCCAGCGGCCUGACGCCUGAGCACAGGAUAAAGGACCGAGAUUACGAGGGCUGGAUGGACUUUGGGAGACGCAGUGCAGAAGCCUUGGAGUUCUCCUAA